AUGGCUAGUCCAAGAACACGUCGUGUCAUUCAGGACCUUCGAGCAGUUCCUGGAAAUAAUGUUUGCUUUGAAUGUGGUGCGAGUAAUCCUCAGUGGGCUAGUGUAACAUAUGGGAUUUGGCUCUGUUUAGAUUGUUCUGGCUUACAUCGUGGAUUAGGUGUACACGUCAGUUUUGUACGAUCCACAACUAUGGAUAAGUGGAAAGAUAGUGAGCUCAGCAAAAUGAAAGCUGGUGGUAAUAUGAAAGCAUUAGAAUUUAUAAAAAGCCAACCAGAAUAUCGUUCAAGUUGGUCGCUUCAUGAAAAAUACAAUUCAAGGGCCGCUGCUCUUCUCAGAGAUAAGGUAUUGGCGGAAUCUGAAAACCGAAAUUGGUCAGUUGAAACUUCACCAGCGAAAGAUUAUGUCUCACAUGCUUUGACAAGUGCGUCUUCUCAUACACGACCUGGAGGACAUAGCAGUUCCGAUAGUGUAUCUUCCUAUUAUGGAGGGAAUACAACAAGAUUCCAGGGCGAUUCAUAUCACUCUGACUAUAGCAGUGAAAAUCGUUAUCAAGGUUUCGGGAAUACUACUAUUAUUAAUGAUGGAGAUUCAUCCAAUGAAUUGCUCUCUGGUGCUCUAUCAUCUCUUUCUGUAGGUUGGAAUAUACUGAGUAAAAAAGCAACAAAUGCCGCUUCAUAUGCAAAAGACAUAAGCUCACAAGCAACCGCAAAAGCUUCCGAAUUAGGUGGCAGUGUCACUGAGAAAAUGCGUGAUGGGACAAUAUUUAGUAAACCAGCAUUAGAAAGUUUGGCGCAAAAGGCUUCCGAAAUGGGAUCUCGGUCGUGGACUGGACUAUCAAACUUUGUGAAAAGUCCUUCUCUGCAAGGUUUCAACUUUCCAAGAACUAAGAGUGAUUAUGAAGAUAUCGUUACACCCGAAAGUCAUGAGAAUUCAUUCAAACAGGAAACAAGCAAUUACCAAACUUGCCCAAGUAAUUCACUUGGGUUAGAUGGACAUGAUUAUCUGGAUUCCAAGUUCAGUUCUGAUUUCUUUAGUUAUGACAAAUCAGCGAAACAGAUUUCAAUAUUAAGUACGGAAAAUUCAGCUAAUAGGACAAAAGAGCAAACGCCUCCAUUGAUCGAUUUUUAUUUGGAGGAUAAAAAACAUGAUUCUUAUGGCGCAAAUUUAACGGAAAAAUUUGUUCAAGAAAAAUCAUCCAAAUCAGCAGGAGCUGCGGUAAAUAGCAAGAAAGUGGCACCUAAAAAGGAUUGGGAUGACGACGCCUGGGCAUUGUUAAAUCAAUAA